UGCGCUGCCCCGACGCCCCCACGCGGCGCGCGCUGAUGACGCGCGCUGCGCCGGAAGUGCGGCUGUGAACCGGCUCGGUGAUGGCUGCCGCCGGGGCGCGCUGGAACCAUGUGUGGGUCGGAACCGAGACUGGGAUCCUGAAAGGGGUGAACCUUCGGCGCAAACAGGCGGCCAACUUCACGGCGGCGGGACAGCCCCGGCGCGAGGAGGCGGUGAGCGCCCUGUGCUGGGGCGCGGGCGGGGAGACCGAGAUCCUGAUGGGCUGUGCCGACCGGACAGUGAGGCACUUCAGCAUCGAGGAGGGCAGAUUCCGGGGCCAGAGGCACUGCCCCGGCGGGGAGGGCACGUUCCGAGGCCUCGCCCAGGCGGACGGCACCCUCAUCACGUGUGUGGAUUCUGGGGUUCUCCGAGUCUGGGGUGACGACAAGGAGACCUCCUCUGACCCAGUCCUGGAACUGAGGGUGGGCCCUGGGGUGUGUAGGAUGCGCCAAGACCCAGUGCGCCCCCACGUAGUUGCCACAGGUGGGAAGGAGAAUGCUUUGAAGGUGUGGGACCUGCAGGGGUCUGAGGAGCCUGUGUUCAGAGCCAAGAACGUACGGAAUGACUGGCUUGACCUGCGAGUUCCCAUCUGGGACCAGGACAUACAGUUCCUCCCUGAGUCGCGGAAGCUCGUCACCUGUACAGGGUACCACCAGGUCCGUGUCUAUGAUCCAGCCUCCCCCCAACGCCGGCCAGUCCUCGAGGCCACCUAUGGAGAGCACCCGCUGACCGCUAUGACUCUCACUCCGGGGGGCAACUCGGUGAUUGUAGGAAACACUCAUGGGCAGCUGGCAGAAAUUGACCUUCGGCAAGGGCGCCUACUGGGCUGCCUGAAGGGACUGGCAGGCAGUGUCAGAGGGCUGCAGUGCCACCCUUCCAAGCCUCUCCUAGCCUCCUGUGGCUUGGACAGAAUCCUGAGGGUACACAGGAUCCGGAAUCCACGGGGCCUGGAGCAUAAGGUCUAUCUGAAGUCUCAGCUGAACUGCCUUCUUCUGUCAGGCAGGGACAACUGGGAGGAUGAGCCGCCAGAGCCGCCGGAGCCGGCUAAGCUGUCUUCGGAAGACACGGAGGCAGACGAACUUUGGGCCUCCCUGGAGGCAGCUGCCAAGCGCCCGCGCCCUGAUUUGGAGCAGACAUCAGGGGUCGUCCCAACCGGGCGGAGAAAGAAGAAGCGGCCUGGCUCUGCCAGCCCCUGAGGGGCCUGAGCUCACUUUGUAAAUAAACAGCUGACACCCA